UACGAUUAAUACAUUUUUAAGGUGUAAUUAACUCGAUUAAAAAUUGUAAUCGUUUGACAGCCCUAGUUAUUAGCAAUUCUUUGUACAAAAUGGAUAAGCGACAAGACGUUUGUCAGGGACUGUACUGAGUCACUGAAAUUGAUGAAGUCUUUUUAAAUGGAUAAUUUAAUGGUAGUUCCCAGUAGCUCAAGUUCUCAUCUCUGAAUCAUUUUUUUUUUUUACCAUAUCCACGUUUGAAAUCCAAUCAUAGAAAAUUAAAAAGCUCAACUAUCGCAGUAAAUUCCAUAAAUUAGAACACUCAAGAUUCCAUUCGAAAAUAAGGAUUAAGUGGUUUCCUAACUAUAAUAAUCAACUGUAAUAAAGUGAGAGUCACCCAUUGUGUGACGCACAGAAACACAAAACGGAGCACACACCCUAUACAAGAUCCCACGGGGGAAGUCUAUUGGGCAGAUGAAGAAUCUAGAGGACACGACCAUGGACAAUGAAUGUUACAUCCAGUCUCUCUGGAGCAGAAGCUUGUGACCCGAACAGACUUCAUAUCAAUUUAUUCUUAAAUUAUUAUUUGUUCCUUCUUCACGUUCAGCAGAUACAGUCAUGAUUCUCAUUCAGGUAACUUGGUUUGAAAUUCCUCUUCUUUUAGCAAAUCUGUUUACCUACAAAUGAAAGUUUGUGUGCUGUCAUUUCUAUUUCCGCAGAGUAUUGUAUUCUGUAUCUUCGUCUCAGGUAACAAAAUUAAUGAUACAGUAAAGCUAUGUAAUAUUUAUAUGACCAGGGAUUUCAAAUUAACAUACAACUAUGACCUUCCUACAGACCUGUAUUUAUCUACCACCCAUGCAAUUGAAACAUGCCAGACUACCUGGUUUGAUGACAGCGAUGCUUCAGGAGAAGGUGACUCUGAGCUGUUGAUUGACUUGAGAAAGAAACAUGAGCUCAGCAUCUGCUCUGAUCCAGUGGACAUGGAAGUUCAAAUUGUUGCCAGGAAUGAGUCGCAGCAUGCAAAGAACAUCUUCCACACCCACAGUGCAUCAGAAGGCCUUCUAUGCCUCAACAGAGAGCAAACAGAUGAAGUUAUUUGUGAAGACUACAAAGUCAAGUUCACCUGUUCCGGACAGUUCUGUUCAGAGUGCCAAACUGACUGGUUUGACAUGGACGACCCAGAAGGGAAUGGAGAUUCUGAGCUUAUCCGUGACCUCCUCCGAAAGUACCCUGGAAAGAUCUGCCGUCAGCCAAUAGCCAUCCAAGUCCGGACUGUAUCCGAGGACUCCGACAUGGCCGAGAAAUUUUUAAUCCUAGACGCGACAAAAGGGUUUGUUUGUAUGAAUUCAGAACAGACUGAUCAGAGGUGUAAAGACUAUGAAGUGAGAUUCACAUGCCCCAAAGAGUUUUGUGAAGUGUCACGGGAGUGUCACACAAGAUGGCUAAAUAGUGAUAACUACACACUUGAUGAGGGUGAUGUUGAAUCCUUGUAUGGGCUCAUGAAGACUUACCCUGGUCAAGUCUGCAGAAAUCCAAUCCAAAUAGUGGCGAGAACUGCUGAACCUGGAUCGUCUCCUACGCUCAUAGAGGAUGUCGUCUUGCAUAAUGACGUUAAUUUUGGAUUCGCCUGCUUCAAUAAGGAGCAGAAGAAUAAUAAACAAUGCAAAGAUUAUGAAGUGAUGCUGAUAUGUCCAUCAGAUUUCUGUCACUGUUGCAGGACUCCCUGGUUCAACCUAGAUGAUCCUACCAGUGGCGAUGGCGAUUAUGAGACUCUUGUUGAGUUGCGGAGUUUGAAUCCAGAUGCAGUCUGUUUUCAGCCUGUGGCAGUGGAGGCUAUGACAAUAUCUGGUGUCCCAGCUAACGAGACUGGAGAUGUCUUUCUAACGUAUGACGCCAACAAGGGCUUUGUAUGUUUGAAUAGCCAACAACCUGAAAAAAAAUGUCAAGACUACAAGGUCCGAUUUACCUGUCCUCCUGACUUCUGCUCUGUCUGAACAAGUGGUCUUGUAUCUUAUGUAUCAGUCAAGCAGCUCAUGCAUCAUGAGCUCUUCACGAUGUAUGAUUGGGAUAAAGAAUAAUUCUUUGAGAACUGCUUGUAAAAAAUAAGAUUAAUGCACAAAAUAUAACCACCUAAAUAAAAAUGUUAUACAUUUGGCAGCUUUCUGGAAGUUCCUUACAGCAUUUUUUGUUUGCGAGGGUGUUCUUUGUAACUGCAGCCAAACCUCAAUACAUUAAGAUGUUUCACCUUUGAAGGGUACUUCUGAUAGAAUCUCAGAAGCACUUAAGAGUGAGAGGUAGAUGCGGUAGGAAACAAUGAGGAGGCUAAUGUUGACAGGGGGAGCCUAACCUCCAUGAAGCUCCACUCAGGUCGUGUAUCUGGAAUGAAGGUGCAUAAUUGAUAGAUUGAUUGGAAAAGCACACACUUGUUAGUCUUCUUUAUAAGAAUGUACUAAAUCCCUGAUAUUUUUUCAGGUUUCAUUUAAACAAAAGUUAGAGUUCCGUAGGGUAUUUAUACGUCUUUUACGUUUUUUUUUUUCACAAGAGACAUCUCUAGGCUCUGAUAAGACUUCGCUCCAAAGCACAAUGCUGAAAAUCCAUUUUAAACCAAUAAAACUGGCCACUGGAGGGCAGUAGCGCAUUUGGCAAUUCAA